UUAUCAUACCACGCUGUCCUUAAAGGACGGAUGGACCAACUUCUCGCAGGCUACGCCUCUGACAGCUCGGCGGACAAUAACGAUGGAAGUGAAAGCCAAAUUGACGGCGCCAACUUGUCAAAAGAGAUUAAUGUUUCUAGCAGCAAGCGAAAGGUUGAAGGCGAACGGAGACUGAAUGCCGAUCCCAAACGCCCGCGCGCUGAGGCGCAGUCCCCGGCAGCCGACCAAGAGCGGGCCACAGCUUCAGCAACCCAAAAGGACCGCCCGCCGGCUCGAGCAACACACAACAGAAAUGGAAAUGCAGCGGCGGCCCUUCAGCGGCGCCCUGCCGCCCGGCUGCCGGAUCCAACCGCGCUGCUGGCUGCCGCCUCGGGGGAUGACCUGCACGGGCUGCUGGCGCCCGUGCGCGCCACUGCAACGGCAGCAGCAGUAGCAGGAGCGGCAGGAGCGGCAGUAGCAGGCGCGGCCGCACUGAAGCCCACGGCUGCAGCCUCUGUUGCCGCCGUUUCGAACCCCGCCUCUGCACAGCCGCCUCCGCAGCUGCCAACCUCUCAGAUCCAGAACCAGAUCCAGAUCCAGGCUCCGGACCCGUACGGUGGCCGCUUGCGGCGCUUCCCUCACGUGGUGGGCAACUACGCUACCGUGGUCAUGCUGCCGGUGCAAGGUCUGGCGCUGGAGGGCGCACUGGAUGCGCUGUAUCGCAAGCUGCGGCGGCUCAUUCCGGACCUGGAGCCCGUGACCAAGCCUCAGGAGCCGGCGGCAGCGGCUGGCGGCAGCGGCGGCGGAGGCCGGGGCGGCGGCCGCGAAUCCUCUCCGGCAUGCAACGGCGGCUACCACAUCAGCCUCAGCCGCUCAGUGCCCAUCACCCGCGCCCAGAUAGAGCCGCUCACGACACAGCUGGCGGCGCGCCUGGAGGCAGCAGGCAUUGGCGCUUUCCCGCUGACGCUGUGCGGGCUGCGGACGUUCGCAAACGACGAGGGCAGCAGGUCGUUUGUGUCUGCCAUGGUGGCGACAGGGGAGCGGGAGGUGGUGGGGCUGGUGCGGGCGGUGGACGGCGCGUUUGAGGCACACGGCCUGCCGCCCUUCUACCAGGAGCCGCUGCCGCACGUGUCCGUGGGCUGGCUUGUGGGCGACCAGCGGCCGCGCAUACAGGCGGCCCUGGACAGGUUCACCAGGCAGCAGCAGGCGGCGGCACAGCAGGCGGUGGCGCAGGCAAAGGCAAGGGCGCAGAGCAGUCAGGCAACAACAGCGUUAUUAGUUGCAGCAGCGGCGGAAGGGGCGGCACGCGCCACGCAGCCGGCCGCGGGUUCGCAGCACGGGGCGGCGGCAGCUGCGGGCGCGGCCUCGGCGUUCAGCCUGGGACCCUGGCAGGCGAGCCGCGCCGUGUGCAUAGUGGGCCAGCGGGAGUAUGAGGUGUGGCGCCCCGCCGCCGCCGCCGCCGCCGCCACCGCCGCCACCCCCGGCGGCGGCGCGCCUGUGUCCCCGCCAGAGGAGCCGUGGCAGAGUCCGUCUCAGAGCCCGAGGUCGUCAGCGACUGCUGGUGAUGGUGGCAGCAGUCCGCCGGCUGCUUCCGCCUGGACGACUGCAGCUGCUGCUGCCGAUUGCUCCUCAGGCAGCAGCACGCGCCUUACGCUGCAAUCCAUGUCUGGUGACUGCGACGCUGUGCGAGAUGCCGCCGCGCUGGCCUGCCUCCAGGACUUCACGCUUACCUUCACCACCUCGAGUGCGCCGGGCGCCACAAACAGCGGCGGCGACGGCGGCUGGUGCUACCUCACUUUGGCGUCAACCACCAACAACUUGGCCCCGGCGGCGGCGGGCAGGCCGUGCCUCAACAUUGGCGCCGGCAGUAGUAGCGGCGGCGGCGCGGCCGUGGCCUUGGAUGCCGGUCCCAGCAGCAGCGGCUUUGCCGCCUUCGACGCGACACUGCUGGGCGCCCGCGAAAUACAUGUGGAGCUGGGGAUGGUCAGCUCCUCGCUCAUCAACGUCAACAUCCUGUCCACGGCUCAAACGGCCGCCACCGCCGUGGGCUGCUCCGUGGCGUACCAGUACUCGCCUCACCCGCUGCUGAGUCACCUGCUGCUGCGCUCCACUCCAAGCCCCUUCACCUCUGCCACCGCCGCCGCCACCGCCGCCACCACCACCACCACCACCUCCAGCACCGCCACCGAUAGCACCGACGUCACAUCAAACCCCGCGGCGGCGGCCCUGCGCGACGUCAGCACCGGCGGCAGCAACAGCGACGACUUCCUUGAUUACGUCGGAAACGUCAUCGAAAGCGCCGCCAACGCCGCCGCCAAUGCCAUUAACGACGUCUUCACCACCACCACCACCACCACAACUACCACCACCACACCCGAUGGCAGCAGUGGCAGCGCCAGCUUCGGCGGCAGCGCCAGCUACGGCGGCAGCGGCGGCGGCGCCAGCUACGGCGGCAGCGGCGGCGGCGGCGGCAGUGCCAGUUUAGGCGGCAGCAUUGGUGGCGGCAUCAACGAGGGUGACACCAGCGGCGGCGCCAGCUUCAGCGGGAGUGUGGGUGGCAGCCUUGGCGGCAGCAGCGGCGGCGUGAACGUGAACAUGGGUGCCUCUGCCAAUUACAACAGCGGCAGCGGCGCCGCUGCCAGUGCCCGCCUGGCCCCGGUGGCGUUGGUCCUCGUGCUGCUGCUGGCGUCAGCGCUGCUGCUGCUGUAGUGGCAGGGUAUAUGACAUGUGUGUUAAAGUGGGAGUGUGAGGGGUGGUAUCACACGGCCUGUUGGGGUCCAGAAUUGCGUGGGGGUGGCUGGGAUCGACUGCUCUGGACCGUACGUGCCGUUGCGAGUGCGCCGGUCGGGACGCCUGUGUGUUGCGGCUACUUGGACUGACAGGCGCAUGCCCACAGCAUACUGGCUGGGCAGGGCGCACAUCGCUGGUUCGCGUGUGGGCAUGUCGGCAUGGUUGGCGGGUCCGCAUCUCAGAAUGAGUCGGCCUACCCCCACUUCAAGGUAUCUUGUUUGCGGUCACAUGGACGUAUAUGCUGAUAGGGAUAUGGAGGGACCGACGCCAGGAAAGUGGCGACUUUUGGCCUGACCUUGCGUGGCUCGCGCAAGGGUCGCUCGCGCUGGAAAGGCGAAAACAAUUUGUUGCAGCAGCCGCGAGGCCACUUGACCCACACGCCACAUACAUACAAAAUAUAUAUGUAAUAAUGUAAUAUGAAAUACUCGCACAGGCAAGCAGCCGCAUGGCGCAGAUGUGCCACGCCGUGCCGUCGCCGGCGACCCUCGCCCAGCGCUCGUAUCUUCCUUCGUUCGGAACGAAAUUUGCCCAAAAAGGCCUCUGGCGGACGAAAUUUUUUUGAUCUUGACUUGGAAUUUCGGCCAAAACGCACGGGAUCUUUGGGGGUCUUUCGGCAAACAGACGAAGACAUUUUGGGGAUUUCGGCUACUUGUGGCCAAGGACAGGGGGUUCCAGCGGCUACUCCACGGCCGAAACCUGCGUGGCAUAUGGUAAGAAGGCUCUAAGGGCUGUAUCUAUGUGUGUUGACGGCGGGAGACAGGGGUUCCCCUGGCGGGAGAGUGAGGUUGGGUCGGCGGGAAGAAGGGGAGGAGUGGGCGUGUCGUGUCGGUGUCGACAUCGUGCGGGUCGGGGGCGGAGCCCCGGAAAAAUUUUGGGGGUGAACGGAAGCGCGGCAGCCUGUUUCGUCAACUGAACGAAGCCAUUUUAAGGAAUUCGGC